UUGAGGGCGGAAGGAGUGGCUCUGGCUAAGGAGGGGAACGGAAGAUGGCGGCAGAAACGCUGCUGUCCAGUCUGUUGGGGCUGCUGCUUCUAGGGCUCCUGUUCCCCGCAAGAGUGACUGGUGGUGUCGGGAGCCUGAAUCUGGAGGAGCUGAGUGAGAUGCGUUAUGGGAUUGAGAUCCUGCCGUUGCCUGUCAUGGGAGGGCAGAGCCAAGCCUCGGAUGUGGUGAUUGUCUCCUCUAAGUACAAGCAGCGCUAUGAAUGCCGCCUGCCCGCAGGAGCGAUUCACUUCCAGCGCGAAAGGGAGGAGGAGGCACCUGCUUACCAAGGGCCUGGGAUCCCUGAGUUGUUGAGCCCCAUGAAAGAUGCUCCCUGCCUGCUGAAGACCAAGGACUGGUGGACGUACGAAUUCUGUUAUGGACGCCACAUUCAGCAGUACCACAUGGAAGAUUCAGAAAUCAAAGGUGAAGUUCUGUAUCUCGGCUACUAUCAAUCGGCCUUCGACUGGGAUGAUGAAACAGCCAAGGCCUCCAAGCAGCAUCGCCUGAAACGCUACCACAGCCAGUCGUAUGGCAACGGGUCCAAGUGCGACCUCAAUGGGAGGCCCCGGGAGGCUGAGGUUCGGUUCCUCUGCGACGAGGGUGCUGGCAUUUCAGGGGACUACAUUGAUCGUGUGGACGAGCCCUUGUCCUGCUCUUACGUGCUGACCAUUCGGACUCCUCGGCUCUGCCCCCACCCUCUCCUACGGCCCCCGCCCAGCGCGGCUCCCCAGGCCAUUCUCUGCCACCCUGCCCUGCAGCCUGAGGAGUACCUGGCGUACAUGCAGAGGGAGACCGGAGACUCCAAACAAUAUGGAGACAAAAUCGUAGAUGAGUUGCAAGACCUGGACACCCCCAGGUGGAGCGAGACCAAGUCUGGGGAGUCGGGGGAAGCAGCCCCCGAGAAAGCAGGUGCAAGUCCACCCAAGGAAAACAGUAAGGAGUCAGAUUUCUGGAAGAUUCUCCAUGAGCCAGAGGCACAGGCCCCGGAAGUGGAGGAAGUCCUGGCUGAGGAGCCAGAACCGAUCCCCGAGGCAGCAGAUCGCACUCCAGGCCCCGCUGACGAUUUUCACAACAAUGUGCAAGUCAAAGUCAUUCGGAGUCCUGCAGAUUUGAUUCGAUUGAUAGAGGAGCUGAAAGGCGGAACCAAAAAGGCAAAGCCCAACACAGGCCCAGAGCAACCUGCAGGCGAUGCUGCCGAAGCCCCUCCAAAGGAGCCAGAGGUCAAGGAAAAGGGGGACCCUGAACCUCAGAAAGAGGUAGUAGAGGAGGAGGAGGAGGAAGAGGAGGAGGAGGAAGAAGAUGAAGAUGAAGAUGAACGGCAGUUACUGGGAGAAUUUGAGAAGGAACUGGAAGGAAUUCUGCUCCCUUCAGACCGAGACCGGCUCCGUUCGGAGGUGAAGGCCGGCAUGGAGCGGGAAUUGGACAGCAUCAUCCAGGAAGUGAGCCCCGCUCUGGCCCAGACCGAGAAGGAGCUGGACCCCGACGGGCUGAAGAAGGAGUCGGAGCGUGACCGGGCCCUUCUCGCCCUCACCUCCACCCUCAACAAACUCAUCAAGAGGCUGGAGGAAAAGCAAAGUCCAGAGCUAGUGAAGAAGCACCGGAAAAGGAAGUUCGUCCCCCAAAAGCCUCUCCUGGCACCCCAGCCAGCAGGGAAAAUCGAGAUCAAAAUUGUCCGACCUGGGGCUGACGGGACCGAGGAGGAGACACGUUGGCUGACGGAUGAGGACACAAAAAAUCUCAAGGAGAUUUUCUUCAAUAUCUUGGUCCAGGGUGCCGAGGAGGCACAGAAGGAACGGCAACGGCAGAAGGAUCUGGAGAACAACUACCGCCGCGUGUGGGGCUCGCCCGGUGGGGAGGGCACGGGGGAGAUGGACGAGUUUGACUUCUGAGACCCCCUUCCCCGCCCCCCAGACUCCCAAGGAGUCCAGAGUCUUCUAGACCGAGCUUGCCUUUGCCCCCCACCCCCAGGGGCCCUAAAGGCCAAGCAGCAGAGCCGAGCUGAGCUGUGCCCCUAAGGGGGCCCUCCUGGGGGUGCAGGGGCGCUGGGGAGCCGCUCCAUCGAGAGCCCUCCGCCAGACCCCGGGCCCAUGAAUUUGCACUUGCAGAAACCUCCCUCACCCCCUUCCCUGUCGGUCCCCCCAACAUUUCCUGUCACCAUCCCCCAGUUUGUCCCCGGCCCCUCCCCUACUCAAGCUCCAACAGGACAGAGGGGCGGGCCAGGGACAGGCCCCAGGAGCACAGGCCUCUCUAGUCAUGCCUGGUCUUGGGGCCACCUCACCUUCUCUUGGAUGGACUUCGAUGUCCCUUCCCAGCCACACUGUUCCCCAACAACCUCGCCUCGAUCAAGGCACCCCCACUUCCUGGGGAAACGGGAGCGCCUCCACCUCUGACAGUCCUAGUGAGAAGCGGGGCACAGAGCCCGCAUUUCUUCAGCAAUCAGGUUUCUAAAUAAAAAACUGGACCAUCCGUC